AUGGAUCGCGUUGAAUCUCGGCCCGUGAUCAAACGUACUUGGCGUUUGGGCCUGUUUAUCGGCAGUGUUCUAGUGCUCGUUGCCUGCCUUGGUGUGCGGUACGCUUGGCGAGCCGAUGAAGCAUCGGCUCAAUCGCCUUCCACCGCCUCAGCGCCAGUCGCCCAAUCGCAGCCCAAGCUCAAUAUCGUGGCCUUGGUCAACGGCGAAGAGAUCAGCCGCAAUGACUUGGGGCGUCAGUGUCUGUGGCACUUCGGUGAAGAAGUCCUCGAGAGUGUGGUGAACCGCCAGCUCAUCGAGCAGCACUGCCAAGAGAUGAACAUUCGAGUCUCGGAAGCCGACGUUCAGGCCGAGAUCCAUCGUGUGGCUCAAAGCUUCGGUCUGCCCGUCGAUCAAUGGCUUAAGCUACUGGAAAAUGACCGUCAGGUUGGUCCUCGCCAGUAUGCCCAGGAAAUCAUUUGGCCCAAGUUGGCGCUAGAGCGACUAGCAGCCCCCGCGCUUCAGGUUUCUCAGCAAGAGCUGCAAGAGGCUUUCGAGUUACAGUUUGGCCCCUCCGUGCAGUGCCGCAUUAUCGUGACGACUGAUCAGGCCAGCGCCCAAAAGGCUCAUGCAGCCGCCGUGGCCAACCCUGACGACUUCGGCAACCUGGCCAAAAGCUUUUCUGAAGAUGCCAGCGCCAGUUCCAAAGGGCUGAUUCAACCCAUUCGGAAACACAUGGGCGAUGACGUAAUCGAGAAGGCCGCGUUUGCGCUGCAGCCGAAUCAGAUUUCCAAUCCACUGGUCGUUGGAAACCAAUUCGUCAUCCUCAAAUGCGAACGACAUUACCCCGCUCAGAACGUCAAUUUUGAAGCGGUCCGCGAGCGUCUCACGCAAGCCAUCCGCGAGCGCAAGCUUGGCGACGAGGCCAACAAGUUGUUGGCCGACUUGCAGGCUAAGGCCCAGGUACAGAACACAUUCAACGACCCACAGCUGCAGGCCCAGCACCCUGGUGUGGCGGCCAUUGUGAACGGUCGGAAUAUCACCAUGCGGGAGUUGGCCGAGGCCUGCAUCGACCGUCAUGGGUCUGAGGUGCUCGAAGGAACGAUCGAUCGCAAGCUCUUAGAACAGGCUUGCCGCUCGAAAAACAUUCAGAUCUCGCAGGAAGACCUUAACAAAGAGAUCGCCCGAGCCGCGAAAUCCAUGGGUAAAGACGUUGACACCUGGCUUGCCGAACUGAAAGAGCAAGGUGUGGAGAUGGAACUGUACGUCCAUGACACCGUAUGGCCUACCGCGGCUCUGAAGAAGCUGGUGGGUACCGAGGUCGAAGUUACCGAUGAGGACCUGCAAAAGGGCUACGAAGCCAACUACGGACCCCGUGUGCGGUGCCUGGCGAUCGUAUUGAACAACCAGCGACAGGCCCAAGAGGUCUGGGAAAUGGCCCGGGCCAAUCCAUCGAAAGAGUAUUUUGGCGAGUUGGCAGCCCAGUAUUCGGUUGAGGCCGGCAGCAAAGGGCUCAAGGGCGAGGUUCCGCCGAUUCAGAAGCAUGGUGGUCAACCGAACCUGGAGAAGGAAGCAUUCGGCCUGAAGCCGGGCGAGCUGUCCGGGCUCGUUCACAUUGGAGACAACUGGAUCAUCCUGCACUGCCUGGGACGAACUACCCCCACGCCGGUGAACUUUGAAGACGUCCGCGACGAGAUCUUUGCCGACCUGCUGGAGAAGAAGCAGCGGAUCUCGAUGGCGAAGACCUUCAGCGGAAUGCAGAAAGUGGCCAAGAUCGACAACUUCCUCGACAACACCUCAACGGCCCACAGCCGAGAACUCUCUGCCGAUCUCCCGGCCAGUUCCCAACCGCAAGGCCCGCCGGUUCGUCGCACGACGGCCACAGAGCCUGCUCAGCGGCCCAAACGAUAA